GCAGUGGCUGACAUGGAUUUUCUCUUCAUCUGCCCCUUUCUGCUGGCACUGCUGCUGACCCGGAGCAGUUUUGCAGACCUAGAAAAACAAAGGGUAGACUCUGGGUUGGAAAUCUAUAAGAAGCUGUUUGAGGUGAAGCGCAAGGACCAGAUGAAUGCGCUGAAGAACCUGAUUGAGCUCAAUGACGUCAACCAGCAGUACAAAAUCAUUGACAUCAUGCUCAAGGGACUCUUUAAGGUGCUGGAGGACUCCCGUGCUGUGCUCAUUGCUGCCGAUGUGCCUCCUGACGGGCCUUUCCCUCAGGACGAGAAGAUAAAGGAUGCAUACUCCCACGUGGUGGAGAACACUGCCUUCUUCGGGGACGUCGUCCUGCGCUUCCCCAAGAUUGUGCACCACUACUUCGACCGCAACUCCCUCACCCGCUGGGGCAUCGGCUUCUGCAACCUGACGGGUGUGUUCGAGCAGGGACCCCACUCCCAGGUCCUGCGGCUGAUGGCUCAGGAGCUGGGAAUCAGCGAGAAGUCGCCCGAUUACCGCAAUCCCUUUAAAACGGACCACUCAGAGUUUUUCCCCAGUGCCGACACCUUUCAGAAGGCGCUGCGGGAGGAGGAGAAGAGGAGGAAGAAGGAGGAGAAGCGGAAGGAGAUCCGCAAGGGCCCGCGCAUCUCCCGCUCACAGUCGGAGCUGUAGCGCACGGGGACUUGCAACUUGCAGUGGGGGUGACACCACUAGGACGUAGAGUGGCUCGCUCCCUGUCGGCAGCCAUGGGCCAGUGCCUGGCAGUCGCCUUUCCGUUUGUGCUGUGGGUUUUGUUUUGUUGCCUUUCCCCUUUAUUCAGUGAAGGUUGGGCGGUGGUGCUGGUGGGUUGCCCCAAUGGGGCUGAAGUGGGGUAACCCCUUCCCCAGAGGUAAAGCACAGACAGGAAAGCGGUGGGGCCAUCCCCUGGACUGGUCAGGGUGCUGCUCCCUGUGGGGAAGUAGAAUGUGGGGGACACGCUGUGCUCGAGCCCUGCAGAAAGCCCAGGGAUCCCUCCCCUCCACAGCACACCCCACGCUGAAUGUGCCUCCUCUGUCAUGGGUGGGCUGGGGAUUGCGUCACACCAAACAGCCUCAUGAGCAAUGCUGCUUCUCUC